AUGGCGGCUGCCGCGCUUAGGGCCCAGUUGAACAACCUUGUCACAUCCAUGUUCGCCAUGGGUAUGGUGGAUGAGUAUUUCCAGUGCUUGCAGUCGAUGGACGAGGAUGGCAGCUCAGGCCCAACCUUGGUCCCUGAGGUCAUCAACCUCUUCAUCGCCAACACCAACAGAAUCCUCAACGACAUCGUCGGCCUGCUGAAGCAGCCCGUGAACUUCAACAAGGUCAACAACCUGGUGCAUCAGCUCAAGGGGUGCAGCUGCAGGCGAUGA